ACACUUGGAAAGAUAUUUACUAUUGUAAUAUUAUGCUACACCGUCACUUGUACAAAUGUUUUGAACUUGACAAUAUUGUGCAACUUCGCGACACAUGAAAAAAAAAAGUCGUCGUUCAAAAUAUUAUUCUGUGCUAAUAUUAUACAAAUAUAUGUCAUUCAUAUAUUUAAAAAUGUAUAACGUUUGUGCUUAAAUAAAUUAAAGAGUUUGUUACCACAAAUGCGGUUCCAAAUAAAGGAUGUGAUAGUGAAGGAUCGAUUGUCGUUUGUGGUAAACCCAAAAUCGUCAAGCAUUUUAUUCUGCCUGAUUACUAUUUGUGGCGACAUUCUCUUCAUCGCAACAGUUAUACAUGAUAUGCUAUAUGCGUUGAUGAAACUUCAACUGAAAGUCCAACUAUGAUGCUUGUCAAUUAAGAUUUUAGAACUUGACGCUUAUAAUAUUGAUUACUUUUUUCGUAUAUAAAGUUCACAUUAAUAAGUCGUUGUGGCAAUUAUAAUGGCACAAACUUUUAAGUUGUUCUAUUUUGCAAUUUAUAUAUUUCUUUUUUUGCAGUUAGCAGAUUCUGCCCCUCAAAACUCUCCUAGUAAAAGUGACACAACUUUAAACGGUCAAGACGGAGAAAAAGAAAAAGCAACUUUAUUCAAAAAUAUUGAUAACGUGGUAGAUAGUAGGCCUAUAAAAAUAGUAAGACACCUAUCAAAUGCUGCAAAAGAACGUUUGAAUAAAUUUUCAAAUGACUUCCAAACUACAUUAAACGAGGAUUCAAAAAACACAGUUAACGGUAAAAACUAUAAGAGUGAAAAUUCUCUUAUUCCAAAUGCUAUUACAAAUAAUUUGAUUUUACCUGCUAAGGCUUUAGUCCAAACUAGUUUCAAAACAGUCAGAGAACCUGUUGGAGAAAUGUUUUCUAGUAUAAAAAAAACAUAUGACGAUGAACUAGUUAAAUCAGAUCAGGAAGAAGAUUAUGUUCCAAUAAUUGGAGCUUUUACAAAAAGGGCAAAUAAAUCAGUUGCUAUCAUUAAGGCCUCAAAAGAUAUCGUAGAAAAUGCAAUUGGAGGCAUAUUUGGAAGAGCAUCGUCGCUUUGGAAUUUUGGUACAACAAACACAGCUGAAAAAUCUAAAAAAGACAAAUAAUGAAGAUACAAAAAUUAAGUAAAUUAUUGCUAUUCUAAAUACAAUAAAUUGAUAUAAUUAUGGUUUGAAUAGUUUAAUGAAUUAUAUAACUCAAUAACUAUUCAAACAUUAAAAAAUUCGUAACACAGAUGAAUAUAAAACACACACACACACACACACACACACACACACACACACACACACACACACACACACACAAUAUAUAUAUCACAAUAGUAAUAGUUAUUAUUUUAUAAAUAAUAUCACUACUACUCGUACUAUA